AUGACGCAUCCCCAGGCCACUGCCAUGCCGCUGCCGCCAGAGGACAACAACACAGCCGGCGCCGGGAAGCCCGACUGGAACAACGUCGAGGUCAUCCACCGCAACGCCCUCGCCCCGCGCAGCCACUUCUUCCUCUACGGCAGCGAGCACGAUGCCCUCGCCGCCGACGUGCGCGCCGCCAAGGCGCUGUGCCUCUCGGGCCGGUGGCGCUUCCACCUCUCCGUGUCGCCGCUCGAGGGCCCGCGCGACUUUUACAAGCCCGGCUUCUCCACCGCCGCCGCCGGCUUCUCCGACAUCACCGUGCCCGGCAUGUGGCAGCUGCAGGGCCACGGCCAGGGCCCGCACUACACAAAUGUCGUCUACCCAUGGCCCGUCGACCCUCCGCACGUCUCGCCGCAGGACAACGAGUGCGGCCGCUAUCUCACCACCUUUACCGCCGACGCCGCGGCCCUGGGCGGCCACCGGCUGCGGCUGCGCUUCGAGGGCGUCGACUCGUCCUUUACCGUCUGGCUCAACGGGCACAGCGCCGGCUACUCGCAGGGGUCGCGCAACCCGAGCGAGUUCGACGUCACGCCUCUGGUCCGCCUUGGCCAGCAGAACGUCCUCGCCGUCGAGGUCUACCAGCGCUGCGACGGCAGCUACCUCGAGGACCAGGACCAGUGGUGGCUGAGCGGCAUUUUCCGCGACGUCUACCUCCACGCCUUUCCCGCCGUCCACCCCGUCGACUUUCACGCCGUCACCCGCCUCGACGCCGAGUACCGCGAUGCCGUGCUCCAGGUCGAGGUCCAGACGAGCGCGCCCUCAGCCGUCGAGCUCAAGCUCCUCGACCGCCACGGGAAGCUGCUCGGCACGCAGACCGAGACGGUCGACGGGCCCGGCCGGCUCGAGCUCGACGUCGCCAACCCGGACAAGUGGACGGCCGAGACGCCCAACCUGUACACGCUGGUGCUCAACUUUGCCGACGGCCACGGCCCCAGCUGCAGCCUGGCGCACCGGGUCGGCUUCCGCAGCGCCGGCCUCGUCGACGGUGUCUUCUGCGUCAACGGGCAGCCCGUCAAGCUGCGGGGCGUCAACCGGCACGAGCACCAUCCGGACCACGGGCGCGCGGUGCCGUACGACUUUAUGCGACGUGACCUGAUGCUGAUGAAGCGCUGCAACGUCAACGCCCUGCGCGCCUCGCACCAGAUCAACGAUGCGCGCCUCUACGAUGUCGCCGACGAGCUCGGGCUGUGGGUCAUGGACGAGGCCGACCUCGAGUGCCACGGCUUUGGCGACGUCGGCGGCGAUCCGGCUUCGUACACGUCCGACAAUCCGGCCUGGCGCGAGCACUACGUCGACCGCGCCCGGCACAUGGUGGCCCGCGACCGCAACCACGCCUGUGUCGUCAUGUGGUCGCUGGGAAACGAGGCCUUCUACGGCCGCAACCACCAGGCUAUGUACGACUGCAUCCGGGGCCUCGACGGCGACGCCCGUCUGAUCCACUACGAGCCGGACAGCCAGGCCCGUACCGCCGACGUCUUCAGCCGCAUGUAUCCCACAGUCGACAGCGUCGUCGACUUUGCCAAGGAACGCCAGUGGCAGAAGCCCCUCGUCCUGUGCGAAUUCCUCCACGCCAUGGGCAACUCGGUGGGCAAUGCAAAGGAGUACAUUGACGUCUUCUACAAGCAUCCACGCCUGAUGGGCGGUUUUGUCUGGGAGUGGGCGAACCAUGGCCUCAGGACCAGGACAAAAGACGGCAUCGAAUACAUGGCCUACGGCGGCGACUUUGGCGACGAGCCCAACGACUACAACUUCAUCAUGGAUGGCCUCCUCUGGUCCGAGCACAGCCUGACGCCCAACAUUGCCGAGUACGCCAAGGCCAUCGAGCCCGUCCAAACGAUUGGCCGCCACCGCGACAAGGUGACCGUCGUCAACCGCUACGACUUCCUCGCCAUCGACCACCUGGAUGGCUCAUGGGCCCUCGUCGCAGACGGCAAGGGCGUCAUCAGCACCGGACGUGUGGUUAUUCCCGACGUAUCCCCAGGCGUCACGCCACACACCGAGGCCACACUGACGCUCCAAAACCUGGACCAAGGGGUGCUGCAACAGGCGGACGGAGAGGCCUACCUGCAACUCCAGUUCAAGCUGAGCGAGUCGACGGCGUGGGCGCCCGCAGGCCACCUCGUCGCCACGGGCGAGCUUCAAGUCACGGAGCCGCUGUCCCUGUCUCGUCUUGGAGCGCUGGGGCCGCCCACGUCGAAGCCAACCGUUGUCGAGGAGGGCCCCAAAGGGCGGCUCGUCGUCACCUCGGCCACGGGAGGCUCGACCUGGGCCAUUGAUAUGCUGACGGGCAUGCUGACGAGCUGGCAACGGGCCGGGCAGGCCGGGGUUGAGAUGCUGACGGAGCCCUUUCGGAUGGACUUUUACCGAGCGUUGACAGACAACGACCGCGCCGGACACGGCAAGCAGUGGGUCGAGCGGCGUCUGCACCAGACGACGAGCCAGGUACGGCAGCUCCACUGGCACGUCGACAACAACGGGCUCAGCGUCCGCGUCGACGAGCGCAUCGCACCCCCGGCCCUGGCGUGGGGGGUCAACAAUACGUGGACGUACAGCUUCCGGGGCGACACGGUGUCGAUUCGCGUCCAGGGCAAGGCAAGCGGGCCGCUGCUGCCCGAGACAUUUGCCCGCAUCGGUCUCACGCUAGGGCUCGCCGGCGCGGAGCGGGUGCGAUGGUGGGGCCGAGGCCCGGGGGAGUCGUACCGAGACAAGAAGCUGUCACAGCUCUUCGGCGACUGGGACGCGAGCAUCGACGAACUCUGGGUCGACUACGAAUUCCCGCAGGACGGCGGAAACCGGACCGACGUGCGCCGGGUCGAGCUGGUCGGUGGCCGGACCGACGGGCGCCUGGUGCGGGCACGAUUCGGAGACGCGGAGGGCGUGAGCUUCUCGGCCAUGCACUAUGCGACGGCCGACGUGGACGAGUGCACGCACCCAUUCGAGCUUCACCGACGCAAGAGGGCAGACACGGUUGUCCGGCUGGACUGGAUGCAUCACGGCCUGGGCACGGCCUCAUGCGGGCCCUGGACGCUGCCACAAUAUCAGCUACGAAGCGACAAAGGGUUUGACGUCGAGAUUCUUUUGGAUUAA